GAAGAGCUCGGCAGCAAAAGAUACUGUGUCUGGGUUCUGAGUCUAGUUCUAGUUCUAGUCUGACUGUGAUUCCGAGUCUAACUGCCAUGGGGCUGACUACGCCCAUUUUCAUACCUAAAAUGGCAAGGUCAGCCAAGGACGAGAAAACGGUUGGAGAGCUAUACCAAAAGAUGGUUUCGAAUAAUGAAAUGAGCAUAUCCGUUGCUAGCUCAAAUCUCUUUGUAGCUUUAGUUGAUUGUCAACAAAUUCUAGACUAGGCUCUUGGCUCUCCAUUGAGCCUCCCAUUGAGCCUCUCUUUGACGUCUAAUGUUUGCCCCCUACCGAGGUCACAGUGUUCUCACCGACAACAAUUCGCCGCCAGUCUUACUAAGACCAACAGAGCCUCAUGAUGUCUGCAUCGCCAGUCUCUGUCCCUCGGACCCCAUCUUUGUUAGUUCCAUACAAAGACCUCGCAGUGAAUUGGGCAUCAACGCCACCACCAUCAUACUUGUCAGCAAUCAUCUGCUUGGAUAUGUCAAACGCACCGCCCUUUUAAAGCGUGAGCGGCUAGUUGCCUGCCGUUCGGUGACAUGUCUGAUGAAAGAUGGUAUUGAAGGAAGCAUCUGUUCAGGGGCUUGCAGGUAAUAUCAAAAUCACUCAAAGCGACGACGGUCACAUUGUUCCCUGCCGUCCUAGAUCACAACCGGAUCAGAAACUGUCAGAGGCUGGGUAUCUGAGGGCGUCCUAAUGGUGUGUCAUUCCAAGUGCUGAAUCUUGCGGCGAGAAAAAAAAAGGGGGGGUCAUGAAGGUCCCGGAAUACUUGUUCCACGCUCUGCAAAUUUACAUUUGCUGCCUCUGAGGGAAGUCUCGAUAGCUCUGGAAUCAACGAGAGCGGCAGUUCAUCUGUGACAAGGGUAAACAAAUACAUCGUCUUCUUGGUUGCA